AUGGAUGAAGAUUAUGAAGAUUAUUCUACCGAAAUUUUAGAGGAGACAAUAAAAGAACUUGAUAACUCGACCUUAGCACUUGGAGGUUUCGAACAAGUUGGCGAUAAAAAGAUUUAUAAACCAGGAAUUCAAUAUUUAGAUUGCCUUAAAGAUCUUAAGCAAUAUAUAAGAAAUUCAGGUGAUCUCAAAAAUGAUAUUCUUUUAGAACUUGGACAUUUAAACACUCUUCGGAAAGAUUUAAUUCCGAUAUUUCUUUUAAAUUGUGAUGACGUUAAUAAUCAAAAAAAGUUACUCAGGACACAAAUUUGCAUUGAACUUUUUUUCUUGUUAACUGAACCGGUUGAUCCGAUUGGAUUAAAAAGUGACGUUUUUGAAGAAACGGUCGAAUACAGGGAUACAUUCGCAAAGAUGACAAAAAUUAGAAAUUUUCAAGUUGAUUAUAAAUUGGCAUUUAUAGAAAAUCCCAAAGUAAUUGAAUCCCUUGCUGUUAUCUUGGUAACAUUUUUAAGUCAAAAUGAUGAUGAAGAGGUUCAAAUACUUCAACUUCUUGUUAUUCUGAUGUCAGAGAAGGAUGAAAUUCAUUUAAAUACAAUUGUUCUUGAAAUAUUUUAUCAUAUUUUUUUAAGUUCCGAUGCAAAAGAUUUGUUUAAUAAUCCUAAAUUGUUACUUGAGCAAGAGAAUAGAAAGAAAGCUGAAAGUCUCAAAAAUCAUUCACAAUUUUCCGGAGCUGUGUGGAUAGAAAUGCCUAAUGGAGAAGAACGUAUUCUUCAUAAGCGAGAAGCAUUUUGUGGAAAAUUAUUUAAAGCAUUGAAUUCCAAUAAAAGUAAAAAAGUUUCUAAACAAAAACCUCAGGAUGGGUUUGAUAAUAGAAAAUUAUCAAAUCUUACAUAUAAAAAAGAUGUUAGUUGUUUACUUGAAGUGGCAAUUAAUAUAUUGAAAAAUGGAUUUAAUGAUUUGAUGGUAACAAUUUUGAAAGGUUUAGAACAUGGUAGAAUUGAUCGACCAGAACCAAUUGAGUAUGAUUUUAAUGAAAUUGUAGAACUUUUAACUACUAGAGCUUUUUCAUUGGUGAUAAGAAUUAUGAGAAUGCUUAAAGAAAAGAAGAUGUGGCUUGAACUUCAUUUCGGAAUAGAAUGUUUCAAACAAAUGUUGUUUUCGUUGAAUAUGCUUUCUGCUUCAUCAGAUGAAAAUGAUAGAGAUAUAGCAUACGAUAUUCAAGAUGAUCUUUAUUAUGAAAAACUGAAUCUAGAUUUUGUAUUUGAAUUGGCAAAGGAUUAUAAAGAUCAAUCAUUUGGAUAUUAUGAAAGUGUGGUUGGAUUAGUUGACGUUCUAAUGGAUAUGUUGGAAUCAUAUUCCAAAAAAUCCAAAGAUGAAGAAGCAUAUGGUGAUGACCAAUCCCAAUAUGUUCAAGAAAGAUUUGAUUUUAGAGAGUUUGAAGAAAACUUCUCGACUGAUUCAGUAAUUACUCAUUAUAUUGAUUUAUUAGAAGAAAUUUAUAAGGAUGAAACCAAAUCAACAAUUAUAAUUCAAAUUUUAAAGUUAUUUAAUCGUAUUUGUUCAUAUGAGCAAUCUUAUUUCUUAUUCUUUAGGGUAAAAUUUAUAAAAUUAUUAUAUUGCUCAGAAGAAUAUUAUAGGAAUGUAGAAUCGUUAAGAGGAGGAGUCCAAACAGAACUAAGUAAAACUUUUAGAUCUUUUAAUAAAUUUAUUAUGGAAAAAAUUGUGACAAUUAUUAAAAAAAAUGAAAAUUGGGCAAUUGAG